AUGUCCAAGAUUUUGCGAAGGUGGAUCAACUACUACUCGCUGUUUCCAAAAACAUUGGCAGCAGGUCCUCCUCCUAAGGGGCCGUUCGAAAUUGACACCAAGUCUCUACGGAACGAAUACCUCAAGGCACAGCAGCAAGCUCACCCAGAUGUAAACAGUGGAGCCACCGCCGCCGACUCGGCCACCCUUGGCUCGGCGUAUCGUACAUUGUUGGACCCAUUGCUACGAUCACGGCAUAUUCUUGAGUUACAGGGCUCCACCGCAGUUGGUGAGGAUGCCAGUUUAGACGACGAGGAGCUGUUGAUGAAUAUAUUGAUGGUCCGGGAAGAAGUGUCCGAGUGUGAAGACCCCGCUGAGAGAGCAAAGCUCGAGCAAGCAAACAAUGAGAGGAUUGAAAGCACUAUACACAAGAUUUCGCAAGCCUACUCUGAAAAUGAUCUUGAGACUGCCCAAAAGGCAACCAUUGAACUAGGCUACUGGAUCAAACUUCGUGCAGCUUUCCAUGGAGAAGACUAG